GGGGAAGGGUCAUAAUGCUAAUGCAUAUCGUCCACAAGCAUUCCUCAUCUUCAAAAUACACUUGCAAAAGAAUUUUCUCUGAAACCAUGGAAGGAGUGUCUUCAGCCGCCAUUGAAGUUCUUGUCCAAAACCUGAUCAACCUUUUCAGGGAUGAGUACUCUCUAUUUCGGGGUCUCGAUGAAGACGCACAACAGCUGCAGAGGACUUUGGGGACGAUUCAAGCCUACUUGAAUGACGCUGAGAAGAAAUCCAUCACCCAAGAUUCUGUCAAGAUCUGGUUGAGGGAGCUUGAAGAUGUGGCUUUCGAUGCAGACAACGUCUUGGAUGAACUGAGUUAUCAUCUUCUCCACAAAAGAGUGAAGAAAAUGAAGACUCCCAAAGGCAAGGAUAAGGUACUCUCAUGCUUCUCAUCAUUUAAUGGCAUUUUACAUCGGCGUGAUAUGGCUCACACGAUCAAACAAAUCAAUGAUACUUUUGAGCGUAUGAACAAAAGGGCAACAGAUCUUGGCAUUCAAAGCAUGGUUGUGAACGCACCUGCUGCUGUUGCUCAUACUUCCAUUGAGACGGAUUCGAUCAGUCUUGAUCCAAUCUUUGUUGGCAGAGAUGACGAUGUGCCUAAACUGGUUCACAUGCUCACCCAAACUCUACCACGGGAAAGGAUGUUCUCCAUCCUUGCUCUUGUGGGAAUGGGGGGUAUGGGGAAGACUACGUUGACUAGGAAAGUCUUUAACCAUGAAAGCUUAAAGGCUCGAUUUGGAUCACUUAUUUGGGUUCAUGUUUCCCAAACUUUUGAUCCAAUCAGUCUUUUCAACAAAAUCUAUUCGACGUUGACUUCAAAUACUGGUGAUAGAGUUGAGAUCAAGGAAGUUAUCCUGAAAAGGCUUAAAGAAGUUCUCAAGUCUAAAACUUAUAUUCUUGUUCUUGAUGAUGUAUGGAACGAAGAUGUUUCAAUGUGGGAAGACUUUAUAAAUUCCAUGUCUGGAGUUACUUCCACUAUGGGAAAUAGCAUUUUGAUCACCACCAGGAGUGAAAAAGUUGCUUCAAUUGUUCACCCAUUUCAUAUUCAUCAUUUGAAUGGCUUAUCAGAUGAAGAAAGUUGGUCCAUAAUCAAAGGCAAAACUUUUGAUGAAAAUGGUGAAGUUCCAUCAGGAUUCGAGAUGAUUGGAAAAAAGAUUGCUAAAAGAUGUAAGGGUUUGCCCUUAGCUGCCAAUAUAGUCGGGGGAGUGCUUCGCGGUAAAUCCGAAGAAGAGUGGCACAUCAUCAAUGAAAAGUGGCUUUCGGAUGCUGAAGGAGGGGAAAAUAUCUCAAAAAUAUUGAAAUUGAGCUUUGAUCACCUGUCUUCAUCGUCACUUAAGAAGUGCUUCACGUUUUGUUCGGUUUUCCCAAAAGGUCGGACAAUCGUGAAGGAGGGGUUGAUUGAACUAUGGAUGGCAGAAGGGUUUCUUCAACCAAGCCAAAGAGAUGACAUGGAGUCCGUGGGAGACAUGUUUUUUAAUGUGCUUCUACAAAACUCUUUGUUGCAAGUUGCAGAUAAAGAUGAGUAUGGAAAUGUUUCAGAGUGUGCGAUGCAUGAUCUUGUGCAUGAUCUUGCAUCUUCUGUCGUAUCCAAUAAUGCAGGUGGCAGUAUUGUAGUUGGAUACAAGUUUGUUGAAGAAGAAUCAAGUCCUAUUCCAAAAAAUGUGGCCAAGCAUUUGCGUACAUUAUUCUUGAAAGGUGGAAUUCCUGAAAUUGUAAACUUGCCGAAAUGGAUUGGUAAACUCCAUCACUUGCAAACAUUAAGAGCAUGCUGGGAGUUAGAGAAUCUGCCAAGUACGUUGAAGUAUAUGUUUAACUUAAGGCAUCUUCAUAUCUAUUCUCGUACAAAGUUGCCAGCGGAGAUUGGGAGAUUGACUAAUCUCCAAACACUACCUCACUUCAGAGUGGGCAAAGAGAAGGGCUACCAAAUUGAAGAGCUCGGAAGUUUGAAGAAUCUCAAAGGAUCAGUAGAGAUCCAAGAUCUGGAGAUGGUGCAUGAUAAGGAAGAGGCUCUGAAAGCAAAUAUAUUUCAGAAACCAAAGUUAUUUGAUUUGGCGUAUUACGUGGAGUGAUGGUAGAGAAGAUGAAAGAAAUGACGAGAGUGUGUUGGAAGCCCUCCAACCUCAUACAAAUCUGAAGAAGUUGAAGAUUUCAGGAUUUGAAGGAAAAAAAUUUCCAACAUGGACUGAAUAUAGUAUGGGAAGGUUCAAAGUUUUCAUGAAUGAAUAUGAAUUAUUUCUA